AUGUCUUCCAACGACCGCAACGCCGACGGCACCUUCACGAAGGGCUCUGACGCCGCAAAGGAAGCUGGGCAUAUCGGUGGUCUCCAUGCUGCUGGGAAAGACGAUGCCACGGUACAGUCACUUCUUUGCCUUCUCAAAAUCACCUUACGAACCAGAAUUCUCAUACGUUUGCUUUAGACGACCACUUCUACCGCUACUGGCGAUCGCAACGCCGACGGCACCUUCACCAAGGGCUCUGAUGCCGCGAAAGAAGCUGGCCACGUUGGUGGUCUUCACGCUAACCACAAGACCGAGGACCAUAAGACCGCCAACCACAAGACCGAAGACCACUCCACUGCCGACCGCAACGCCGACGGUACCUUUACCAAGGGCUCUGAAGCGGCCAAGGAAGCCGGUCAUGUGGGAGGUCUUCACGCCAACCACAAGACCGAAGACCACAAGACCGCCAACCACAAGACCGAAAACCACUCCACUGCCGACCGCAACCCAGACGGCACCUUCGCCAAGGGAUCAGAUGCUGCUAAGGAGGCAGGUCACGCCGGCGGUCUUCACGCCAACCAUGGGGACGAUAGCAAGGUGCGUCUGCCGCCAUAUCCGUCUUAGAGAAAGCAAAACGCUGACUGUUCUUACAGAAGUCCUCCACCUCGGACCGUAACCCGGAUGGAACUUUCACCAAGGGCUCCGAGGCUGCCAAGGAAGCAGGUCAUGUCGGCGGUCUCCACGCGGCUUCCAAGACCGAUGCUUGA